AUGGCCCUGACUACAACAAGCCCUCCAACAACUACAAGUGGUCAAACAACAACAGAAGCCCCAACCACCACAAGCCCUCCAACAACAACAAUUGCCCUGACAACAACCAGUGCUCCAACGACAACUGAUUCCCCUACCACAACGAGCUCUCCAACAACUACGGCUCCAACUACAACAGGUUCUACAACAACUGAAGCCCCUACCACCACAAGCCCUCCAACAACAACAAUUGCCACGACAACAACCAGUGCUCCAACAACAACAGAGUCGCCCACCACAACAAGCCCUCCAACAACAACAAUGGCUCUGAAUACAACAAGUACUCCAACAACAACUGAUACCCCUACCACAACAAGCCCUGUGACAACAACAACAAGUGCUCCAACUACAACAGAUGCCCCAACCACCACAAGCCCUCCAACAACCACUGUGGCCCUGACUACAACAAGUGCGCAAACAACAUCUGAAGCCCCUACCACAACAAGUCCUCCAACAACAACAAGUGCUCCAACAACAACAGAAUCCCCUACCACAACAAGCUCUCCAACAACUACGGCUCCAACUACAACAGGUUCUCUAACAACAUCUGAAGCCCCUACCACCACAAGCCGUCCAACAAGCACUAUGACUCCAACUACAACUAAUGCUCCAACAACAACUGAAUCCCUUACAUCCACAAGCCAUCCAACAACAACAAUUGCCCCUACCACAACAAGCUCUCCAACAACUACGGCUCCAACUACAACAGGUUCUCCAACAACAACAGAAGCCCCAACCACCACAGGCCCUCCAACAACCACUAUGGCUAUGACUACAACAAUUGCGCCAACAACAACUGAAGCCCCUACCACAACAAGCCCUCCAACAACAACAAUGGAUCCAACAACAACAACCUCAACCACCACAAGCCCUCCAACAACAACAAUUGCCCUGACAACAACCAGUGCUCCAACGACAACAGAUUCCCCUACCACAACGAGCUCUCCAACAACUACGGCUCCAACUACAACAGGUUCUACAACAACUGAAGCCCCUACCACCACAAGCCCUCCAACAACAACAAUUGCCACGACAACAACCAGUGCUCCAACAACAACAGAGUCGCCCACCACAACAAGCCCUCCAACAACAACAAUGGCUCUGAAUACAACAAGUACUCCAACAACAACUGAUACCCCUACCACAACAAGCCCUGUGACAACAACAACAAGUGCUCCAACUACAACAGAUGCCCAAACCACCACAAGCCCUCCAACAACCACUGUGGCCCUGACUACAACAAGUGCGCAAACAACAUCUGAAGCCCCUACCACAACAAGUCCUCCAACAACAACAAGUGCUCCAACAACAACAGAAUCCCCUACCACAACAAGCUCUCCAACAACUACGGCUCCAACUACAACAGGUUCUGUAACAACAUCUGAAGCCCCGACCACCACAAGCCGUCCAACAAGCACUAUGACUCCAACUACAACUAAUGCUCCAACAACAACUGAAUCCCUUACAUCCACAAGCCAUCCAACAACAACAAUUGCCCCUACCACAACAAGCUCUCCAACAACUACGGCUCCAACUACAACAGGUUCUCCAACAACAACAGAAGCCCCAACCACCACAGGCCCUCCAACAACCACUAUGGCUAUGACUACAACAAUUGCGCUAACAACAACUGAAGCCCCUACCACAACAAGCCCUCCAACAAAAACAAUGGAUCCAACAACAACAAGUGCUCCAACAACAGAAGCCCCAACCACCACAAGCCCUCCAACAACACAACUAUGGCCCAACUACAAUGAUGCUCCAACAAAACAGAAGCCCGUACCACAACCAGCCCUUCCACCAAACUCAACUAUGGCUCCAACAACAAAAUCCUUCCACAACAGCCCUAUGCAACACACACCUGACAUAGCCUCCAACAAGCACAUGAUGCCCUACAACAAGUGCUCCAACAAGAACAGAAGCCCACAAACCCGAACAACAUUGUCCUUAGCACUACAAUGGCUCACAACAACAGGCUCCAACAACAACAGAAGCCCCUACCACAACAAUCACUCUAACAACAACUGA